AUGGUGCUGUACCUUAUCGGGUUAGGCCUAGCGGAUGAGCAGGAUAUCACGCUGAAAGGCCUGCGAGCCAUCCAAUCGUGCAGCAAAGUAUACUUGGAGAGCUAUACAAGCAUUCUUUUAGUCGAUGACUUCCAAAAACGUAUGGAAGAGCUCUACGGCAAGCCUAUCACGUUUGCACAUCGCGAGACCGUGGAGUUGGAGGCAGAUGAUAUUCUGCUUGCGGCACAUGAAGGCAACGUUGCGUUCUUAGUUGUUGGCGAUCCUCUCUCUGCUACGACGCACGCCGACUUGAUUCUUCGUGCACGUCGUUUCCAAGCGCCUGGGUCCGAGACCCCGACGCCGGUGCCUGUCAAGAUCAUUCACAACGCUAGCAUUACUACUGCCCUAGGAUCCAGUGGUUUGGCGGGCUACAAUUUCGGGCAGACGAUCAGUGUGCCGUUCUGGACAGAGGACUGGCGGCCUGAUAGCUGGUUGGGCCGUAUUGGCGAGAAUUGCCAGUUGGGCCUGCACACCCUGUGCUUGAGCGAUAUCAAGGUUCGUGAGCAGAGUAUCGAAGAUAUGAGCCGCGGGAUUGUGCGGUACCAGCCACCACGCUACAUGCUUAUCCCGCAGCUGAUUACGCAGUUACUGGAAGCUGCCAAGACGCACAACGUGGACUUUCUCAAGCCAGAGCGAACACUCGCUGUAGCGCUGUGUCGUAUGGGCGCCGACGAUACGCCGACACGUCGCGGUGAGCUUGUGCGUGCUGGCACACUCGCUGAAUUGCUCGCUGCGACGGAGCCUGACGAGGCACAGCUUGCUCAAGAUGAGAAGGACGAUGACGCGUAUGAAGAGGAGAACCCUACUGUGAGCGAGAAGGAUAUGGACGCACGCCGCGAGGCGCGUCGUGUGCAACGCGCUAUUGCGUUUUGGGGGGAGCCCUUGCACACGCUGAUUAUCGUGGGACACCGCUUGCAUCCUAUGGAAGUUGCCUACGGCGAGUCGCUGGCGUUGCCCGGCAGCCGUUGGAAGCAAGUGGCCCGCGACGUGUACGGUUGCGAAUGCGAUUAG